UCGUAAUAUUACGUGUUCUUAUUUCCACCUUUACCCCACAAAAAUACCGCCUCUCUAAGAAAAAUACCGCCCCCCUAACAGUUCUUUCAACAUCUACCGAAGUCAACAAACAUCUUGCAGAUAUCCUGAACGUAUAGCUAAUAGCUCGAAGAUGACACGCACGAAACACCGAGCUCAUCCGACCCCGUCGUUCCCCGUAUCCUGCCUCGGGUUCACGGACGAUACGACCCUUCUACUCGGAGGUGGUGGUGGACCUAGCAGAACCGGGAUCAAGAACAAGCUGAAAAUAUGCACAGCUUCUCUGGACGGCAGAACAUUGUCGGAAGUCGCCGAACACGUCUUUGAGCCGGGCGAGGAUCUGCCGACGUCUAUGGCCAUCAACGUCGAGACAAAACAAGUCGUUGUUGGAGUCAACGCUCCUGAAACGACCAUUAAAGCUAGCUCGCCCGGUCAAGGCAAUGACCACUGUCGAGCGUUCUCAUAUGCCGAUAACAAGUUGGAGAUGGUCAAGUCUACACAGACGAUCACGGCUCCCUGGAAUGACGAUUAUCCUUAUCAGAAACUCACCGCCUUUUCCCCUCGACUAGACCUCCUCGCAGUGGGGACGACCGAUAUCGACGGCACCCAAUCUACCGUCACCCUGUUGACUUAUCCCGGGAUGGACUUUGUAUGGAAAUGGGAGUCGACGGAUAGCAAGAUCGACGGAGAGUUGGUUGAUAUCGAUUUCGCAGCCGACGGGUCGAGUCUGGCGAUCACAACGACGACGACGAUUAACGUCUUCAAUGUCACUUCUGCAUCCAAUGGGUCUAAAGAGGGGAUCGAGCGGACCGCUUCGAUACCUCUACCGACUCUCGGAGCUGAUCCGGUCACCUUCCGCUCGGCAAAAUUCAACCGACAACCUUCUCCCACCCCGACGAUCCACGCGAUCAUUAAUACUGAUCCCAAACCUCUCCCGCGGGGUAAGGGUAAACGUCCGACCGUCUUGAAGAAAGGAUAUUGCGUCAACUUCAGCCUGGCGGAAGCUACUGGGGAUGAGAAGGCAAAGACGCUAAAGGGCAAGUGGGAGAUGACCGGAAAGAGGGAGGUCGGGAACGUUCCGGUCAGCGCUUUUGAGAUCAGCGCGGAUGGGAUGGUAUUAGCCUAUGCUGCAGCGGACUAUUCCAUCGGUCUUCUGGACGCCCGGACACUGGCCCCAUUACUGAAGAUCCUCCAUGCGCAUUCGUUUGCGAUCACCGCGCUCGCUUUUAACCCGUCUGGCAACUUGCUGGCCAGUGCCGGGGCUGAUAACACGGUCAGGCUGAUCGUCAUUCCAGCCAGCUUUGGGAGCUCUACUAUGAUGAUCGCGGCGGUCUUGAUCGCCCUGAUGUUGGCUCUCGCCGCUUAUUUCUUGCAAACCCGAUAGACUUUCGGGUUGCUCUUGCCCUUCAAUAGAACGACAUACGAUAAUCUGAUUAUCCAGUUGUAAUAAACAACAUGAGCUAAUGCGUAUCUGGUUCGAGAGAGAA